AUGAGGAAGGUCUUCGAUGCUGCAGAAGUGGCUGAACACAACUCUGCUAGAAGUUGUUGGGUCAUUAUUCAUGGUAAAGUCUACGAUGUAACCAACUUCAUCGCCGACCACCCAGGUGGAUCCAAGGUCAUUCUCAGACUAGCAGGCAAAGAUGCCACCGAGGACUUCGACCCCGUCCACCCAGACGGCACUCUCGAAGAGAAUCUCAAACCCGAGGCAUAUCUAGGAACAGUCGACCCAUCAACAAUGCCCAAGUCUGAAGCUCAAACCUCACCUCAGGGCAACGUCGACGAGAUUCCCGUUCAAAACUUCCUCAACAUGGACGAAUUCGAAAAAGCAGCCACUGCCAAAAUCAGCAAGAAGGCCUGGGCCUACUACUAUUCCGCAGCGGAUGACCUGAUCACGAAGCGCUUCAACACCGAGGUGUUCCGCUCCAUCCUAUUACGCCCGCGCGUCUUCAUUGAUUGUACGAACUGCGACAUCACUACCAAACUACUCGAUAAUCAGGUCUCCAUGCCCAUCUACAUUUCCCCCGCGGCAAUGGCCCGCCUAGGCCAUCCGAGUGGAGAAGCCGGAAUUGCCGAGGCAUGUCGCAGCUUCGGCGCAAUGCAGAUCAUCUCCAACAGCGCAAGCAUGACGCCCGAGCAGAUCGUCGCGGGCGCGUCGUCUGAACAGACCUUCGGCUGGCAGCUGUAUGUACAAGAAGAGCGUAGCAGAAGCGAAAAGAUGAUUGCGCGAAUCAACAAGCUACCUGCGAUCAAGUUCCUGGUUCUUACUCUCGACACGCCGGUCAUGGGAAAGCGCGAAGAUGAUCUGCGCGGUGGGAAUGUCAUUAGUGAAAUCACCGAGAUCAAGUCUCCGGAGGUUUCGCAGAAAGAUGAAAGGGCGGUGUUCCAGGGCCUCGAUCCCACGCUUAAUUGGAAAGAGACUCUGAAGUGGAUUGCGGAGCAUACGAAAUUGCCUGUUGUGUUGAAAGGGUUGCAGACGCACGAGGAUGCGUAUAUUGCUUCUUUACAUGCGCCACAGGUUAAAGGGAUUAUCCUGUCAAAUCAUGGGGGUAGGUCUCUUGAUACCUCGCCUCCAGCUGUGCAUACCCUACUUGAAAUGAGAAAGUAUUGCCCAGAAGUGUUUGAUAAGAUUGAGGUUUGGGUUGAUGGGGGUAUCAGGAGGGGCACAGAUGUCGUGAAGGCGCUUUGUUUGGGUGCGAGGGGUGUUGGAAUCGGCCGACCUGCACUUUGGGGAUUGAGUGCUGGUGGUGUAGAUGGUGUGAAGAGAACGUUACAAAUCUUGGCCGACGAGACGAAGACUUGUAUGCGCUUACUGGGCGUGGAAAGAAUUGAGCAGCUCGGCAUGCAGCAUAUCAAUACCCGGAUAGCGGAGCAACAAAUCUAUGAUGGACCAUCUCGACUUGAGGCCAUCCGAGCGGAGUUCCGAUCAAAGCUCUAG